AUGAUGGGUCAUGAAGGGUUGAAUUCAUCUUCCUUCGAAUUGAUGUCUUCUUCUUGUUUGGGUGGUUGCAUAGUGUGGGUUGAGAUUGAACGGAUUGAAAUUGGUGACUUCAAGGGUUUAGGAGCCUUGUCCGGUUUUAGUGAAAAGAGUUAUUCAGGUUAUGUCUCUGAAACAUUUACUUUUUCUGUCUCUGCCGCUGAUACAAAACCUAAAAGUGAGAAGGUUAUUGAUAAUUCAUCUGCCCAACCAAUUCCAUCAACUGCAUUGCCGGACCUUAAGAAUGAUGACUUGGAGGAACAGUUAGAUAUAGAAAAUGACGAUGAAGAUGCUGGCGGAGCAAGCAACGGAGGAGGGAAUGCUACUGAAAAAGAAUUCCACACUGGUAUUGACAUUAAUGUGCCACAUCAAAAUGACACAGAUGAUGAAAUUGCUGAUGUCGAUGUCAGUGACGAUGAGGAUAAGGGCCCAAAUGCUGCGGAGGCCCUUAGAGCACAGGUGAACGCAGAGGAAAGAGCAGAGCAAACUUCAAGCUCUAGUGGUAGCAGUGGUAGUGAAAGUAGUGGAAGUGGGAGCGGAAGUAGCAGUGGAAGCGGGACUGGGAGUGGGACUAGCAGCAGUGACAGCGAAAGUGAUGGCAACUCCGUAAACUCUAUUUGAAGAAUGUAAGUCAUGCUAGUCACUUUGAUUGAGCACCUUGUCAUUGCCUAUGACCGAACAAAGUUUUGUUUGUCAAUUCCAAGAGUUGAGAUCGAAACUGUGCUUCUGGAGCGAAUUUUGUGUAUAAACUUUUGGGAAGGUGCUAUAUGCCGAAUUUUGUUGUUAGGAGCGCAUUUUGCAGAUGGGUAGCACGAUGGAUUU